AUGUCUUCAAAUACUAAUAAUAAUAGUAAUAAUAGUAAUACUAUUGGUAAUGGUAAUAAUAUUAUGUCACCAAAUACAAAUCAUUCGUUUCUGCAAUUUCAAUCUCAUACUCCUCCUCCACCAUAUAGUUUCUCAGAACAAUCGCCUCAAUUAAAUCAAUUUCCUCAAUUUUCAUCCCAUGCAAAUCAUCAAAAUCAAAAUCAACCUCGUCUGCAAUUACAAACUCCUCAAACUUCAAGUAGUCCUACCUUUCCAAAUAAUCUUCAUGCCACUAAUGAAGCGAUUUAUUUCUCUCCUGUAGUUCCUGUAACUCAACAAAUGGUGGCUACUCCGACUACCACCUCGGGAAUAAAUCAACUGUCAAGUCCUUUGAAUGGUAAUAUGAUAUCUCCUAUGACUCCAAGUUUAACUAAAAAGAAUUAUAAUGAAUUAUUAGGUAAUGUACCUGCAUCUGUAACUUGGAAUUUCUCCAAUAAUUCUCCUAUCAUUCAAUUUCCAAAUACUGGUAGUGUUACUACGAGUAAUAAUAAUAGGAUGAAUGUUCAACAAGGAUUUUCAAAGUCAAACAAUAAUACUGUAGGGUUAGGAUUAUCAAUGGAAGAUUCAAUUCAAGAACAACAACGACAAUUACAACAACUGUUACAAGAAUUACUGGAUCAUUAUGCUCAACAACAUAUUAGUGAUCAACAAUUGUUUUCAUUACAACAACAACAAAAACAAGUGUUAUUACAGCAACAACAACAACAACAACAACAACAACAACAACAACAACAACAACAACAACAACAACAACAACAACAACAACAACAUCAACAAAUGCAAUUCCAGCAACAGCAACAACAUCAACAAAUCUUACAACAACAUCAGCAACAUCAAAAUCAUCCGAAUCAUCCUCAGAUGUCCACCAUGCUUGUGGAAUCGCUGCCUGUUCAAGUCAAACAUGAAGAUAGUUUUAAUACCCCUAUCACAGUUAAAAAAUCAACCACACCACCUAAAUCCAUCAUGAAGAAGUCUAAAUCAAACGGAUCAUCAAGAAGAGGAUCAAUUGGAGAGAUUAAAAUUAAGAAAGAAAUCCAAUCUCCCAUGUCAUUAUCCAAUCCAUCGUUCACUCAUAUUGAUUCAAAUACUAGUAACACUAUCCCUGAACAACAUCAUAAUAAUGGGUUCCAUUCACCUUAUUCUCAUUAUGGUGGUAAUUCCACGGUGGAUGAAGAUUCUCCCAGCACUAUUCCAAUUUCAAGUCCUCAAUCUGCAAGUUCAAUACAUAGUAAUAAUAAUAAUAAUGGUCAUCCGCAAUUACUGCUGCAUGGAUUUGAUGCAAAUCAUCCUAUGCAUGGUAUAAUCCUUGAACAUGAGAGUAAUGGUGGAGAUGUUACUGUUGAUGAUAUACUUAGUGGGGAUCCAUUUGAAGAAUUAUCAUCGUCAAGUCCAGAUAAGGGUAAGAAGGAUGAUUUAGAAGAUGAUGGUGAAGAGGAUCGUAAAUCUACUGAUGCUUUGAUUUCUGAAUUUCUUGAUUUUGAUUGUGAUGAAAAAUCGGAAGAUUUAAUAAAUCAUCAAAGUCAUAGUAGUGUGGGUAAGGAGAAGAGUGAAGGACUUUCAUCAAGAUCUUCUUUAUCUACUACUGCAUCUGUAACAAAACUUUCGAGCAUAAAUGAAAAGAACUUAUCUUCAAGUUCAAUUAAAAGUGUAAAAAAGAAAGCAUCAAUUGCUAAGAUUAAUAAGAAUAAAGUAUUAAAGAAAUCUUAUUCAUUUAGUGGUAAUUCAUUCAAUAAUAUAACUGCCCCUGUUACUCCUACGUUUAAUAAUCAUACCAAUACACCAUCUCAAACUACCACCACUAUUACCAGUGCUAAUGCUAGUACAUUAUUGAAUUCUAAGAUGAGUAAAUCUCAAACUACAUUAGUAUUGGAUUCAUCCUUAACUCCAAAUAGUGGUAACAACAAUAGUAGUAAGAGACCCACCAUCAAACCUAAUCCAUCGAUAUCAUUCAGUGAAUGUUCACAACGUAUUCCUGUAUUUGCAUUGGGGAAUCAUUAUUCCUUUGUUUAUGAGAAUCCUGAUGGUUUAAAAUCGAAUGGUUCUAAUUUUAAUAAUUUACGUAAAACUAAAUCAACUCAAAAUUUUAAAAGUUUAAAUCAUAAUAGUCAAUAUCAAUAUGAUUAUUAUAAUAGUAGUGGUGAUGAUUCCAAAGAUCAAAAUCAACAACAAAGUCAACAACAGUCUCCUAGAGUUUUGAAAAGUAUGAAGGCUGGAUUAAUUGAAUUUCAAAUUGAUUUAAAUAACAGAAGAUAA